GUGGGGAGCCCUGCUGGUCAGGAUGAGCACCCCAAAACGCAGACGCGACGAGGACGUCUCCGAUGCGCCGCUUACGCUGCGCGAGGCCGAGACGAGCCUGCGCGGCGCCGCAGGGCUGCGGGAAGCACUCGCACGACACAGCUACGCCGUAGUCGCGCUCGACGCCGCCGACGCGCUGGCGGUGCGAAACUGCGCAGAGGCUGGUCUCGCCUAUUUUAAUACACCGGAGGCCACGAAACGCACGCACCGCCACGUCUUCAGCGACGCGGGCGGCGCCGGGCUCUGCGGCUGGAACAAGCCGCACGCUGCGAAGGAGGUGCUGCGCCUGCGACGCGGCGGGCCGCCGCCUCCGGUCGCCGCCGCCGCCGCCUUCGGCGUCGUCGAGCGCUGCGCGUGCGCGGCCUGGUGCGCCGUCGCGUCACUCGUUCCGGAGCAUGUUGAUCUCCAGGCGAUGGGCUGUCAAGUCGGGAGCGGCGGCGGCGGCGCGGUGUCGAGCAGUCCGUUCGAUUUGAUGUUUUAUCCCAACGACGCCGCCGCCGCGCGCGUCCCGAACAGCACGCCGCACGUCGACAGCCCGGGCCUCGUAACCGUCAUCCCGGUCGCGGCGACGCCGGGCCUGCGGGUCCGCAACCGGAGCGGGGUCUGGCGCGACGUCGAGGCGACGGGGCGGCCUUGUGAAGAGGUCGUCAUCCUCGUGGACGCGGCGCUGCAAGCUCUCUCGAAGGGCGCCCUGGAGGCCUGCACGCACGAGGUGGCCAAGGCCGACGAGCCGCGGCUGUCGCUCGUCUACGAGCUGCGGCCCGCGAUGGACAUUGGCCGCGCCAUCUUGGAGGGAGACUGGCCGCCGGACGAAGAGGACUGCCCGCUGUUUAUGACGGCGCCGCCAAGGGGGGGCGUGUCUGAAAACGCGGCGCUGGCGGGCCUCGCCGCUUUGGUCGACGAGGAAGACGAAGACGACCCGCCAGCAAAGCGGCGCAGGACGUCCGUCGGCGAGGCGCAGGUGGAGCUGGCGCUGCUGUGAACUCGUCGACCCCGCUGCUCGCGCCUCGCGCAGGGUUGUACGUUUUCGUAGUGUUGUCGUGUACUUCUAGUAAGAUAUAAUUGCUCGUUAAUUCGGACAGGAACUCAGCCUGAGGAGGGAGCGGGGGGGGAAAGGAAUUU